AUGUAAAUAUUACCCUCAUAUUAGUUAAAAAAGCAUAUAAAUAAAGAUAUUUUCUUUUUCUAUGAAUGUGAAUAUAAAUAAUUUAUAUAAUCUGAUUAAAAAUAAUUGGUUUAAUUAAAAGAUCAAAUUUACUAAGAGAGUCCUAAUAAAGAUGAAGAAACUUAAAUAUAUAUUUCAAAUUAUAGGAAGGGAACUAAAACAGACUAAAAAAUUAUUAAUUAAUUAAUAAAUAUAUUUGAAGGAAAUUAAAUUAUUUUUAAGCCAAAAAGCGUAUCAGCAAGUUUAAUUAAAGGUUUGAAUUGCUUUUUAAAUAAUCAUGAAGUUUUAUAUAACUUCGACUAAAUGAUUCCUUUAACUUAAUUUGAUGAUUUUAAUUCAAAAGUAUGCUUUAAUAAAAAAUAUAUUAAAACUCAAGAUAAAAGUAUGCCGUAUAUUUUAGUCAAAAUUAGAAGUGGAAUAAGCUUUUUUUUAGUAAAUGGUAUUGGAAAUUUCAAAAGAAUAUCAGGAUCUAUUAUGGGGGAAAGUUUUGUAGAAUCGUUAAUUUUCUAAUUAACUAAAUAUAGAAAUAUAAAUCAAGCUUUUAGUGAUGCAUUUUUGAAAGGAAAUAAUAAAAAUGUUGAUAUGACUGUUAAAGAUAUUUAUGGCGAAGGAUGUUCCUUUUUAGGAUUACCAGGAGAUUUAAUUGCAAGUAGCUUCGGAAAAUGUAGCAAAUAUGGACCAGUAGAAAAAUAUUAGUCUCAUGAUAUUGCAAAAAGUUUGCUUAUUUCAUUUGCUGUUAAUACAGGAUAAUUGAUUAAUUUAUACUGUUCUUUAGAAUAAUAAUAUAAUGUCAUUGUUUCUAUGUGGAAAAUUAAAUCUGAUGAAUAUAACUUUACACUUUAGAGUGUUAUAAACUAUUAUUCAAAAGGAAAAUGUAAUAUUCAUUUUGUUGAAGAUUCCGAUUAUUUAUCCUGUGUUGGAGAUUUUGUUUGA